AUGAUUAAUUACUAUAUUAAUUACAUAUGAAUGAAAAUAGCAUAAAUAAUAUUUUAGAAAAUUUAUCCGAUUGGUCUGGCUAUGACACGGAUAGUGAUUUGGAAAAUGAAGAUCUUGGGUUGGAGAAUGGUAAUAUUGCAUCAAUUUCUGAAAAUGUGCAGUCAACUGCAAAACAAAGUAACGGUCAACAUUCAGAGCCUAUUUGGGUGGAUGUUGAUGAAGAAUUACAGCCUCAGUUUAUAUUCAAUCAAAUGGAUGAACCAGUUGGUAUUAAUCCAGAUAUAAUUGAUAGUUUAUCUGAAGUUGAAGAAACAAACAGAUAUGCUGCAGAGUUAUUAAUAUCUGUAGUUAGUCCUCAUUCACGCCUUAAAAAAUGGGAAAAUGUUACUCAUACUGAAAUGAAAACAUUCUUAGGAAUUAUUAUGUGGAUGGGUUUAUGUCCUCAACCUUCCAUAGCUUCAUACUGGAAAACAAAUAGUAUUAUUUAUACAUCCAAUAUACCUCAAUUUAUGAAGAGAAAAAGAUUUGAACUUCUUUUGAGAACAUUUCACUGCUGCAAUAAUGCUCUUUGUCCUCCAGGUGACCGUUUAUACAAAGUAAAUAAUUUGCUUGAUUUACUUUUAUCAAAGUUUAAAAUGGCACGGACCCCAAAGCAGUCUAUGUGUAUUGACGAGUCAAUAAUUCCAUUUACUGGUCGUCUGUCAUUUAAGCAAUAUAUACAAAAUAAAGCUCAUAAAUAUGGUAUUAAAGUAUUUAAACUAUGCAUUAAUAACUUCUACACUAUUGGGUUUAAAAUUUAUGCUGGUAAGGAGGCUAUGGCUGGUCAGAGAGUGUCAACAAAAGUGGUAAUGGAAAUGGCAGAAGAUUACCUUGAUUUAGGCAGAACAAUGUAUACAGAUAAUUGGUACAGUAGUUAUGAUUUGGCUAGUGAACUUUUGAACAGAUCUACUAAUUUGGUUGGUACUCUUCGUUCCAACAGAAAAUGUAAUCCAAAAGAUGUGGUAAACAAAAAACUAAAAAAAGGAGAAGUGUUUGCAAAGCAAUGUAAUAAAGGAAUAACUGUUUUAAAAUGGAAAGAUAAGCGUGAUGUACUAAUGAUAUCAACUCAACACUCCGAUGCUCAAGCUACUAUUUUAAAUAAACGAGGAAAAGAAGUUAAAAAACCUCAAGUUAUUAUAGAUUAUAAUAAAGGUAAAGGGUUAGUGGAUGUCACUGAUCUUAGAAAUUCAUACCACAACCCACUUCGUAGAACUUUAAAGUGGUAUAAAAAAAUUAUUUUUGAAUUACUUCUAAACACAUCAGUUCUCAACGCAUUAUCAUUAUAUGAAGAAAUACAUCAAGAGAAAAUGGAUAUUACUGUGUUUAGAGAAAUACUGGUUAAAAGUUUAUUAAAAACAAAUGAAAUGAAUUUGUCUAAAUCAGUACAAAAUACACAAUAUCAUGAACUAGAAAAAGUUAAAUCAAGAGGACGUUGUUUUGUUUGCUAUAAAGAAAUGAUGCUUCAAGGAGGACGCACUCAUGCUCAAAAAAUAACCAGGCAAGUAACAACAAAGUGUAAAAUUUGCAGUAAAUUUUUUUGUAUGCAAUGUUUCUUCAGUGAACAUAAAUUUGUGUAAAAGUAAGUUUAUAGUCAAUUAUACACUAAUCAAGUGUCUAUGUAUAUACUUAAUUUUACUUUAUUGAAUUUACCAAAUUGGCCUAAGGA